AUGAGCUGCGCAGACGACCUCACUGUCGACGACCUCAAUACCUCGGUUACUACAGAGGUACUCGAGCGCGUAUCGGCCGGAGAGGGGAGUAAUGUCAACCUCUGGGGAUGGAUUGAUCGGGACAACGUCGUGGGUGUCAACCUCGUCGAUCCUGGCGCCGCGCCAAAUGUCAUCAAGCCGUGGGAUGAGCGGUUGGACGAUGACGAGUUUGUAGAGAGCGGCGUUGAUGACGAGCUAAUCCUCCACAUUCCCUUCACCGCCAGUCUCCGUCUCCGCAACCUCUCCCUCUACCUCCCCGCUCCAGGACAUCCCCACCGUCCAGGACGACUACGCAUCUACGCCAACAUUCCCCACCCACCAGACUUUGAUGAGCUCGAAUCCAUGGACCCCAUUAUGGACCUGGACGUGAGCGAGCCCCCAAUCCAACGACGCGACCUCGGUGGACGGCGCGAUGUCGACGAAUGGCCCCUCAAAGUCCAGCGAAUGGCCAACGUCUUCGCCAUAACCCUCCUCUUCAGCGAGGCAGGUACCGGCCAGCGAUCAAAGGUGCAGUAUGUCGGCUUCAAAGGUGAUGCCAAGCAGUUGACAAUGGACAUGUCCAAGCUUGGGCAGGUACCGGCGUCUCAAAGCGCCGAUAAGCGGGUGGACGGGGUUGCGGAGAAGAAGGGGGCUGGGUACACCACCAUCCGAUAG